AUGGCGGCGGCCAUGUUGACAUCCUCAUUCAAGGAGUGGAUCUUGCAGCAUCCUUCAUCAAUCAGCAUCAUCAGCGAGGAAGAUGGACCGCCUCCAGCGGUUUUGUUCAGAGUACUGCCUGGCUCCGCCUCCCGUGCCUUGCGGCUGGUGGCCGAGAAUUGGCGUGAUGGUCGCGCCCAGGUUUUCAUCAGCGCAGAAUCAGAAGAGGAAGAUGAGGCUUUGGAUGAAUGGCUGGCAAAUAUCAACAACACACUGGCAGACCGGCUUCUGCCCAUGGGUGAGAUUUUGGAUCUUCUCAGCCCAAGUCCUCGAAGGGAGGAGCCUUUGGUGGCACUUUGCCAACGGUGGCAGAUCCCAAGAGAUUUCGGUGAAAGGCUCUUGGAGUCAGUGGUGCCAUCGACGACGGAGGUUGAUGCAGCGCUGAGAGACUCCAGCCUGUCUGACGAGGUGCAAUUUGAGCCUUCUCUUGGCCUGGUUCAAUUGAGAUGGACACAGCAGGGGAGCUCUUGCAUGCAGCUUGGGCUUGAGCUGGAGAUGCCGGUAUUGUUGAGCUUGGCCUUUCCCUUGGACACAUUGGGAAAGGAGGUAUCCUUGAGCAGUGCUCACCUGGUCCGCUUCGACCAAGCCGAUAUAAACAGGCUUGCACCACCUUGCUUUGCUACACGCGAACUCUUACCUCGGCUGCUCAAGGACUUGAGCUUCCGUCAGGGCAAUCUUUCUCAGCUGCUUGAGGUCAUUUGGAAGGCGGUAGCAGAUUUCCUGCUCACUCCAGAAGGGCGAUGUCCAGUUUGCCUUGCCACGCACCAGACAACGGGACUCUGGAGGUGCUCGCCCUGCAGCUCUGAGCUUUGUCGUUUCCAAUUCGAGGAGACCUGCAGCCUGAUAGGACUCUUGAAGGAGGACGCCUCUGUUGUGGCUCUCCACCUGGCCUUGGCCUCUGUGGCAGCAGAGGCAGGUGUUUUGGAGCCCUUUCCACCGCAACUACUUUCCAGCACGGGCACAAGCCGACCUGGACGUGGAAGAGUUGGGACAGCUGCGAGGGCUUCUACAGCGGCUGCCUCUGCAAAGACAAGAGGCCUAUUUGAUUGGCUUUUCCACACGGAGCAGCAGCCCUGCGAUGAGGUCCCUGCAACUGCAACUGACGGCAGCAUCUCUGCCAUGCUCGCUCAGAUGCCUUCUGCAGAGAAAUUGUGCCAGGCCAGUGAGGAGGAGCUUAAGCAUCUCCUUGACCAUGCAGGUCCCAACACCUACCCGGUCCUGCGUUUUUUGCUGGCAAGUUGCCCGCUUGCACUCCACCCUUUGAAGAGGUCAGAGCAGCUUUCCAUGGUGACAGGGCCCGGCGUUCAGCAACUGGCUGUGCUACAGGCGGCGCCAGCCCAAGAAGCGGUCUUUCGCCAGUGGCGAGAAGACUUUGGCUCCAGCUUCGGUAUUCAUGGCAGCCCGCUCCAGAACUGGUAUUCCAUUAUCCGCAAUGGUUUGCAAAUUCUCUCCAACACCGAGCUGAUGAGAAGUGGUGCUCGCUUUGGGACAGGCCUUUAUUUGGCAGACAAAGUCACCACUGCGCAGCACUACUGUGGUGGCUUUGCUGGCAGUCGCUAUGCUGCCAAUGUUGGUGAGGCCCUCCAAAUACUUGCAGUGGUGGAGUACAUCAAUGACCCAAGUGUGCACCAAAGACACAGCGAGGGCAUUACGACUGUGACCGACCCAGCUGCUGUAAUGUUGCGCUUCUUGUUGGUCUACAGCUUGUCAAGCCAGAUCAGUGCGGACAAGCUUGACGCGCUGGAGGUGAAGCAGCGCUGGAAUCUGCUGACUGAGCAGCUGGCAAAAAACACCAGGAGCUUGAUCCCCUUGAUGUUGCAAUGUCAGUCUCAAGCCUUCAAGAAGAAAUGCGUGGAGUUCGCUUCCAAUGAAAGUGCUGCAUUCCAGGAGGAGGAAGAGAAACCCAGUGGAGAAAAACUCGCAGAGUUCCGGUCCUUCCAAAGGCAGUACUUGAUAGUCUACACCAUCAUCAUGGGUGCAGACUGGCUUCAGGGCACAAACAUGUACACUCUCUACCAGAGUUACAACGUGGACAUCAGCGCCUUGUUCAUCACAGGCUUCACAUCCUCCGCCAUCUUCGGAACAAUUGUCGGAAUGUAUGUGGACAUUUGGGGCCGAAAACUUGGAUGCAUCGUCUAUCUCAUCAUUGAGGUUGUCGUGAAUGUCUUUGAACAUUUCAACAACUUCCCCUUGCUGCUGGCCGGCCGAGUCAUGGGUGGAGUGAGUACAUCUCUUCUCUUCUCCGCCUUUGAGACGUGGAUGGUCUCCGAGCACAGAAAGAGGGGCUUCCCUGAAGGUUGGCUUGCAGACACCUUUGGUACAGCUUCUUUUAUUAACGGCCUGUCUGCGAUCAUUGCGACUUGGUGCUCAGCUCGUGGCUGA